AUGCCGUCGGAAAACAGUCAAAUGGUAGAAUCAUGGUCGCCUCCACGCGUGGAAAUCACGGUAGAAAGACUCGAUGGCAUCGUUUGGUCGACACCGGAACGGCCCAAGAAUCGAGAGGAACUCAAAAAGCGUGUCCCUUUUGUGACGGCAACCGUCGAGUUUUCAGGAACAUGCCCUGACAUGAAGGUUUUCUCGGCCAGCACGUAUCCACAUUGCACACAACCAGCCGUGGAAUCCUACUUUGCCUCCUUGGCAAUUGACGAGGACGAACAAGGAGGACAGCGCGGCAACGAAGUUACCAAGAUCACAUCAACCACAACACAAGAUGUUGGAGGGAGGAAAACGACUACUACCACCACCACAAUCACAAAGAUUCAGGCUGGAACUAACAAGCAGGUCACAGAUGGCAAUUAUCCUUUGGUGGCUAAAUGGUACGACGACUCAAGUGAAGAAAAGCUCAUUGACUCUGUUACAUACUUUACCAGCCCCCCGACGUUUGAAGAUGCCGAGAGCAAAGCAGGUUCCUUGCUCACUCAAGGAAGGAAGCGAAAUAGACCCCACUUGACCUUGAACCUACCAUCAGCAGGUGGCCAACAGAGGGCUUCAUUCUUGUCGGCCAUGUUUGCAGAGCCGUGCAAGAAUACUGCCGUGCAAGGCAUGAAAGGCAAACACUACAAGGACAACCUCGUGCCUGCAAAAACACAUUCCACAGCAGCCAGUACUCUUUGUUCGGGUUCUCACAACGGCGAAUCGCCUGUUGGUGAGGGGAAAAUACGGAACAAACUCACCGACGCAGGCAGCCUGCUCGACAAGGAAGACGAUGAAGGCGACGCCGAACUUGAGAAGGCGAUUGGAACCAUGGUCACUCGCAAGGACGAGGCCAUUGUGGAACCCGUAGUCGCAACGAAAAAAUCGAAGGAAAUGGUGGCAUCGGUGAUAGCAGCAGAGCCUUCUAGCGCUGUUGUUGGUCAAACCGACAAAAGCAAAGCAGGUGUAGAUUCUUCGUUCGCGCCUUUGUCUUGGAUGGAUUGCGGAACUGCAGCCCCUGAGAUAAUAGAGCUGCGUGUGCGAGUUAUGCCCGAAGACUACGACGAAUACGAUGAAAUGGACCCCGAGAAGCAACAUCUGGUUGCGGCACAAGAUUUGGAAGGUGUGGCUCACUUGGUCUUUUUAGAUCAGAUUGUGGAGGAAGGAACCACUGUUAUGGAUCUUCCGUUGAAGAUAUCAGACGAGGCCAAAGCUAUGACAAGGAGUGUGUCAACCAUCCCCAUGUUGGGUGACCAGGAAUUCGUCACUUUAGGCGCCAAUGCCAUGCUGCGAGUAAGGGUCUCCAUCCUGCCGCCAGUACGAAAGUUCGUGGCGUCCCCACGUGCCGGUCAACCAAACCUCCAACGAAACCUUUCCUUGAAAACAACCGAGGCUCAACCGCAAAGUUGGCCAUUCUUCUCAAUCCCCUUUUCACUCUCAUUUUCGGCCCUUGAACGAGUUUUCAAUAUGAUCCAAUGCCACAGAGGAGACUCGUCUGGACAAGCGCCACGUUCAGAAGAAGAGACCCCCCAGAAUCGGGUGCCUCCAGGACCCUUCCCUCACGAGUUCCCCGCGGUAGUCCCUGCUGAUGGCAAGGCACAGACUGUAGAAUCAUUCUUGCCUGAAAACGCACUUCGAAAGACAGCACAACGGCCAGCAGAACCUUGGACGUUUUUCAAACCUGUGCCGCCAACGGCUGCAAAAAACAAAGGGAAUUCAAAGAUACCACACACCCAACGACAACAAGGGAAACGUCAGAGGAACAGUGCUCUUCAAGGACAAGACAAACGAUUCUACACACUUAGAAAUCGAGGAAGAAGCUCUUCGUCAACGAGUUCCGACACCAGCACGGUAGACGAGUAUGAAGCUUCUGAGGCUGAUUCUGAAGAGAUAUCACGAAUGUUCAUCCGAUCGCUUCAAUGA